AUGGCUGUGUAUUAUGCAAAACGACAACGGAUUGUGGACGACCUGUUUGACGCAGAUGUACCUCCAGCAAACUCUCCUGCUCACUCUGUAAUCGUCAAACGCAAUUCUGCGAUCGCCAGACUGCCUCUACGGAAUGGCUUCGAUUCGCAGCGAGCGCAUCGACCUAGUACAGUUCAAUCGCUACACACCCCGCAGAACGAUCCAUUGUGGUUAGAGGCGCCGAGCCCGAAACGGCGAAAGACUUCCUUCCGUCGUCGAGCAAGCGUGUGGGUCCUCGGCCCCAGGAUAGACAAGGGAAAGGGAAAGGCUAAGAUGGAAGAGGACUUCGAGAGGGGGAGGUCAGAGCCCUUGGGCAACGGAGACCCACUUGCAGUGUGUGAGCAAGAUGCUCUUUUUACGGAUAAUCUCCCGAGGCAUGUGCGGGCAAAAUCUAUGCCAGAUUUGGCUCAAACAGCUUCCAAACCCGCAGUAGACGCCCCACGCCGAUAUACAAUCGCCAUCACCAACUUUUUAUACGAUGCACUGAAGAAGCUAGGGUUUAGAAAAGAAACUCAAGAUCAAACUCCCCCAGGCAGCUUCGAGGAGCACGGAAUGGCUGGUGGUCUCCGCUUUGACCCAGAGAGCUCUGACUCGAUUCGACACGAUGGGCCUAGUGAUUUCUGGAAGAAGAAGGAGUAUCAGGACCGUCCGUAUGAGCUGUGUCCGAAGUACAGUGACGAGUUAGAGCGGAGGAGUGGCGAGACGAUGCCCACCAACCAGAGCCGCCGAAACAGCCAGACCAGCAGGAUUGAAAGCAUCAGGAGUACCCUGAGCAACCUGGCCAAUCAUACCAACAAUAGCAACGGGUCUACAUCAAAUGCGGGUUGA